GCUCUGCAGUGUUGUCACAUCAGGAGCGACUGCACAGAUUUAGCCCUUCUGUGAUGACUGCGCAAAGUAAAAAGGAAACUUUUCUAUAGCAGUGCCUCUUCACUAGCCACAACUAUCACCUUUCUAGACUUGGGUUUUUAUAUGUCUUAAUUUAUUGGCGCAAUGCACGGGCUCUCCUGCCUCCCCGCUGCCCUGCUCCUCCUGCUGCUGUCCGGCUGCUCUCCUGCUCGGGGAUAUUUUGCGGAGGAGCGCUGGAACCCCGAGUCUCCGCUCCUCGCUCCCCGGAUCCUCGUCGCCCUCAUCUGCAGAAACUCCGAACACUCUCUGCCGUAUUUCCUUGGUUCUAUUGAGCGCCUCAAUUAUCCCAAGGAGCGCAUGGCUUUGUGGGUUGCCACUGAUCACAACAAGGACAACACCACAGAAAUUCUGCGAAACUGGCUCGUCAAGGUCCAAAACCUUUACCAUUAUGUGGAGUGGAGGCCCAAAGAAGAACCCAGACACUAUGCAGAUGAAGAUGGUCCGAAGCAAUGGACAGACAGCCGCUAUGAGCAUGUUAUGAAGCUUCGGCAAGUAGCUCUGGAGUCAGCUCGUGAGAUGUGGGCGGACUACUUUAUGUUGGUGGACUGUGAUAACCUCCUCACCAACCCAGAUGUGCUCUGGAAGCUCAUGAAGGAGAAUAAGACCAUCAUUGCUCCAAUGCUUGAUUCCCGUGCAGCUUAUUCAAAUUUCUGGUGUGGAAUGACCUCCCAGGGUUAUUAUAAGCGCACUCCUGCCUACAUACCCAUAAGAAAGCAGGUGCGCCAGGGCUGUUUUGCAGUUCCCAUGGUCCACUCCACCUUCCUGAUCGACCUCAGGAAAGAGGCAUCCAGGCAGCUGGCCUUUCACCCGCCACACCCAGAAUACAGCUGGGCUUUUGAUGACAUCAUUGUGUUCGCGUUCUCUGCUCGGAUGGCAGAUGUUCAAAUGUUUGUAUGUAAUAAAGAGACCUAUGGUAACUUGCCUGUGCCACUGCGAUCCCACAAUACUUUGCAAGAUGAGGCUGACAGUUUCUUGCACUGCCUGCUGGAGGUUAAUGUGCGAAAUCCCCCAGUGAUGCCUUCCAAAUACAUACCUGUUCCUAGAAAACAACCUGACAAACUGGGCUUUGAUGAGGUGUUCAUGAUAAACCUGCAGAGACGAACUGACCGUCGAGAACGUAUGCUGAAGACAUUAUACGAGCAGGAAAUUGAUUGUAAGGUCACUGCAGCUGUAGAUGGAAAAGCGAUGAAUAUCAGUGAAAUUCAUACUAUGGGUAUCCACAUGCUCCCUGGAUACAAUGACCCGUAUCAUGGGCGGCCUCUAACAAAGGGAGAGCUGGGUUGCUUCCUUUCGCACUAUAACAUCUGGAAAGAGAUUGUGGAGCAAGGACUGGAAACCUCCCUGGUGAUUGAAGACGACCUGCGCUUUGAGGUCUUCUUCAAACGACGCUUGAUGAACUUGAUGAGAGAGGUGGAGGAUGAAAGACUGGACUGGGAUCUCAUAUAUAUUGGUCGGAAGAGAAUGCAAGUGGAUCAUCCAGAGAAAGCAGUGCCUAAAAUACACAACUUGGUGGAAGCAGACUAUUCAUAUUGGACACUCGGCUAUAUGAUAUCACUACAAGGUGCAGAGAAGCUUUUGAAAGCAGAACCACUGAAGAGGAUUUUGCCCGUGGAUGAGUUUCUUCCUAUCAUGUACAACAAACACCCUGUGUCUGAUUAUAUGGAACAGUUUGAAACCAGGGACCUGAAGGCAUUUUCAGCUGAGCCUCUUCUAGUGUAUCCAACACACUACACAGGCGACCAUGGUUACAUCAGCGACACUGAGACCUCCACAGUGUGGGACAACGACAAGGUCCGUACAGACUGGGACAGAGCAGCACGCUCAGGAAAAACUGGCGAGCAGGCUGAGAUCAGCACUGAGGCCCAGAACUCAGAUGUGCUCCAGUCUCCUUUGGACAGUACAGCACGGGACGAGCUUUGAGGGGAACUGAACGAGACCUUCGCGAAGACUUUACAAACCACCUUAGUUUUUUAAUCAUGUUUCAUCUAUGGUACUUUUGAUUUUGCAUCAUAGCAGGAAUGUGACCUCGAGUUUGUAGAAAGAUUUAAUUUAUCCAGAUGUGACAAGUUAAAAAGGGAUCAGCUGUGUUCUUAUGUUUUCUGUCACAUUGUCCAUGUAGUUUUAAACUUUAUAAAGGCACUAGACUUGCCAUUUGGAAUGGCAUUUGCAGUUCCCAACUUCUAUCUGUCAUACAGAAUGAACCUAUAUUUUAACAAAGAAUGAUAUUGGAUUGUUACAUUUCAGUCAUCGGGCAGUUAACUCUGUCCUAAUUUGAGAUUACGCUUUGAAAUGCUUUUUUAAACACAUUUCUCAUGACUACAAAUGUUUUUGGCUGUGACCACACCAUAUGUCACCGAGCAAUAUCGAGGCUUUCACAGACAUUAAGUGCCUAGAUAAACUGCUUAUCCUUCUAAAUGCAUUGGUCCAAGAGGAGAAACAUCUGCAUGCCGUUUGCUUUGAUCUUUAAUAUUUUGUCUUUUUAAACUACAUAUUGCUGUUUUGAGUUAUCAUUAGCCAGCGCUUUACCAAAUAAAACACACAGGCAAUAGUUGCAGUCAAGUCAGACUCACAGAUUGACAGGACUCCUGUAGAGUAUACUGUAUACACUACCAAUGCUAUUCAUUAUCCAUGUGUUCCUUGUCGUCACUUUAGGAUUUUUCCUAGACUCAUGCCACCAACCCGCUGUUGACAUGGUUAUAGACUGAUAAAAACCACUGUACACGCCUCAAACUUGGUGGUUAGGGAGCAAUAUGGUUUUAAGCACCCUUUAAGUUCCCUCUAAAAGAACCCACCCAACCACAUUCAAACACGCCUUAGUCCUUACCUCUUCAUCAUUUUCCGUUAAAUCUGAAUUUAACAUUUUGGCUGAGCAAGACUUGAUUAAAAGCCACUGCAAAAGAGAACAUAAUCAACAGAACUUUCAAUUCAUCUUCUAUUUUACUGGUUAAUUUUUUCCAUCAUGGUUUUUUGUCCCUUGAAUACAGGAAUUCUUCCAGAAAGUUGAUUUGUUGUAGACUAUAAAUGGGAGCUAUUCACCCAUGGGUCUUGCACAAAAUGUUAGUGGUGCAUUGUGCCAACAAUAAAUAAAAUGUUUUAUUUUUAAGAAA